AAGCGAUGAAGCUAUCCCUCCAACAGCACGAUCACUUCGCCCAAGCUCGAUGUAUGUGUGUCUUCGCUGAUGUGCACAGAAAUAGAGGGGAUUGCGAGAGGGCGUUUCCUCGAUACGAGUCUGCGUUGAAUCUGAUGUCUGAUAUUGGUGAUCGCUAUGGUCAGAUAAUUGUUCUUGCCGGGAUGACCAAAGCAUUGAUUCAUAUGAAACAACCCGAAAAGGCAAUAGAUUUCUGCAACAAGGCGAUGGAAGUCGCAACAAGUAUUGGCAAUAAGAUGUGCAUGCUGCGAUCAAACUGGACGCUUCACACGCUGUACCGAGCUAUAGGAGACAUGACGUCAUCGCAGCAACAUGCCUGCAAGUUUGACCAAUAUCUCCAAGAGAUGGAGCUAUACUGUGGAGUGUGUCAUGAAGUCAUGGGCAACAGGGAGAAUAGUCUAAAGAGUCUCACUUGCUUUCACAUUUUUCAUUCAAGGUGCGUGGAGAACAGUACGUUCAAGACACGAGGCUGUCCAAACUGCAAGAAGACUUCCCACCUCUCAUCUCCAGUACGAGUAUAGCAUCAUCCAACACGACCAAGCACCACCUGCACCCAUCAAUGGGGGUAAAGUUCGCCCCUCUUCCUC